AUGGAUGACGACUUCCCCUUGAGUGAUGCGGCCUACGACGACAUUUUUGCAGUUGCGGCGCUUUGCCCUAUACAAAAAGACCUGGACCUGGACGCUCUUCCACCACCGCUGUCCAGCGUAGCGCACCCGAACCCUGGUGUUCCUGUUCCUCAGUCGCUCCCUUCCUUGGCGCCUUUGCUGCAGCAAUAUCCGGCCCCGAAUCCGAACUCCAACUCGGACAAUUCUCAAAUUCACGGCCAGCUACAACACCCACACAACAUUCCUGGGCAAACCACAAACAUACUGCACUCACUCUCAAUUCAACCCCAAGCGUCUUCUCCAGCAAACGCUUACAUAACCCCGCGAACCUCAUUACCCUGUCCGCACCCGCAAGCCCGGGCCGAACCCGGCCGUCACCUCGACAACCGCCAAUCUCAAGCCGCUUAUUUGCCCCCGGCUUCACGCGCCCUACCACCACCUCGACCGCUGCCACCGGCGCUCUCUUUUCUGCUUUCUGGAUCUUCUUCUACCCCAGACAGUAGAGGAACCAGCUUUUACAACAACCCCGACCCCGCUUUCAACACCAACCUCGCCACAGGCUCGCGCGCACCUGGUCUAUUUGUCACCACCCACCGCAGCGAUCGAGAACCAAAUAGUGACGACUUUCUCAACGAGCUUGCCAGUCGAGACUUUUCCAGCCCUUCGCUUCCACCCCAGACCCCGAGACAUCUUAGCGAUCUUCUCUCUCCUUCACGCAACAAUUACAACAACACCAUGCCUUCGAGGAGGGAUGAAUCCGCCGCAGAGGGCUCUCGGCGACGAAGCCGAGGCACCUCUCACAAUAUUGUCAGCUUGCCCACACUUCCACCUCAGUCGUCCGGGGCUCCUAAACGGAAAAGAGAAGAAGGGCUAGAAAUCAGGACACACAAGCGAAAAGCGCACGUGCUGCUAUCCAGUGACGACGAAAAGGAUCCGUUCGGGGACGACAAUUUCAUGGAUGUGGUCGACUUGGCGGAUACGGAAGAGGUGCCCGAAAGUAUGCGAGCGAAGCCCAGGCCCAAGAACGAGAUCAAGCUGAGCGCCUUCCAAUGUGUCAUUUGCAUGGAUAAUGUUACGGGCUUGACGGUUACGCAUUGCGGUCAUCUCUUUUGCUCCGAAUGUCUCCAUUCCGCCCUAACCAUUGAUCCAACCAAACGAACAUGUCCGGUGUGUCGUCAAAAGAUUGAUAAAGCCCCGAUAGGCGGCAAGUGGACAACGAAGGCUAAAGGCUACUAUCCACUUGAAUUGAAGUUGGUGACCAAGAAGAGCUUGGGAAAGAGGGCCGCUCAAUGA